GUAGUCUGUGGUGUGGUGGUUGAUUCAAAACUAUUUCCACUGUUACAUUUACAUUUAACAAAGCAAGAAGCUCUACCAUGUCUCUCUCUGUGAUACUUGGACUGAUGCUCUGCAUUGAAGCACCAGGGUCCAGCGCUGUGACUGAUGUGUUUGUGAAGAGAGGAGAUGAUGUACUUCUGGAAGUCAUGGAUGAUGCUACAAAGAGAUUUAUAAUUCUUGUCUGGAAUUUUAAUACAAGCAAUGUUUUAGUAGGAUAUUCACCUGGUGGAAAACCAACAGUCCCUGAAGGUUACACUGGAAGGGUUGAGUUCUUUGUUGGAAAUUACUCAGUGAAAUUAAAGAAUCUACAAGAUGACGACAGUGGAGUUUAUACAGCACAAGUGACAGGAAAUAAAGACCAAACAAUAGCUGAAUACAUGGUCACAGUUCAAGGUCCAGUGUCUCCAGUUGAUCUGAAUCCAGACUCUGUGUCCAUCAGCUUAGACUCCUGUAACCUCACUGUGACCUGCAGCACAGAGGACUCACACAUCAGCAGCACUUUCACAUGUGACACCAACACCUGCUCUCAGGAGGGAGGAGACCAAUCAAAGGUCACCAACUCUGGUGCUUCCCUCCGUGUCCACCUGUUGAAUGACACAAUCAUCUGUAACUAUAGCAACCAAGUCAGCUGGACUCAGAAGAACAUGACACAGAUUCAGGAUCUCUGUCUCCUACAUGCUGGUCUCUCUGAUGGUGUCUCCAUCUGUCUAGUGAAGACAGUCGUGUUCUCUGUUGGUCUGAUCAUCAUGGUGUCUGUCGUCAUCAGUGUCCACCUCAUGGAGAAGAUCAGGAAACUAAAAUAAACAGUUCUCCUCUGAUCAAAUGAACAUAGAGCUCAAUCUCAGUGAAACUCUCAGCUGCCUUUUUUUUUCUUAUAUCACUGCUUUUAUGAUGGCUAAAUAAUUAACAUACUGUAUAAAUCCUGUCAGCUGUUGGUUGUGAAGGGUCUGGAGUUGAACUUGGCACCUCUGUGGACCACCUACAAAGAAAUCUAAAAUGUCUUUCUGGAAAAAUAUAUUUGUCACCAUUAAUUUAACUUGUUGUUCCCUGAGAACUCAAACAGAAACAGUUUGAACAGAUGGAUCAAAGUCAUUUAAUCAUUCAGAGAAAGUGAGAAGAAAACAGCAGAAAGGGACAGAGAGGUUCAGAGAGCAAAGUUAGCAUGAUCAUAAGAGCCACAUUAAAGGGACAUAAUUCAGAAUCAGAUGUCAUGCUCAGUCAUAGACAUGUAUUACAGCUUGUGUUUUUGUUCAUUCUGUCACUUUAUAGAAAAUAAAAGUCAUGUUCGUCAUGUGUAACAUUUUCAGCGUGGAAUCCUUCCUUAAAAGAAAUCCUUCCUCUGGCAUCCAAACACAGCAUCAAUUAAUUCAACCACCAAAAUAAACCUGUACAAAACAGCA